GUACUUGGGCAUAUUAUACGGACGAAACUAACACGGCGACCCAAAAUUUAGAGAGAGAGAUGGGAGGACGUGGAGCUAUAGAGGUGGCGAAAACGGUGGUGGAGGUUGCUGACGUGGCGUGGACCGCCAUGGAACACGGCCGCCAUCACCUCCACCACGAGGACCACGACGGCGAGGGAACCAAGUGCGCGGUUUCCGACGAAGAACUGGAGGCUCUGCGGGCGGAGAAUCGGCGGCUGAGGAACUCGCUGGAGCAGAAUCUGAAGCUGCUCGAGAACCUCUCCGAGUCGCCUGCGGUUUUGGACGAUUGCCCUCCUGAUGUAAACGAUUUGGGGUCGAUUUAUUUCGAUUCGCUGUAUGCUCGGUUAGUGGCGACGGUGGAUUCGAACAGCUUCUUGACUAGAAUCAAAGCUCUUCAGAAGGAGUCCAUUGAUGAUUAUCAGUUUCCUUUCAAACCAGCCACAGGAAGUGAUUUGGAGAAAGCUGAAGUUCUAAUCAAAAUUGACAAUGAAGAACCCAGUCGGUGGGUGUGGAUCACGGAUGAUAUGAUUCCGGGUAAAGUCGAGGAGAGGAGUGGGAUUGACAAUGAGAGCUAUGUUGUUGUUAGUGAGGAGCAUGUGGUGGAUGGGAUUGCCAAUUUUAUGGCCAAGUGUAUUGUGUCAAACCCGAAAGCUCGCAACUUGACGCCAGAGGAGCUGCAGAAAAUUGUAGCUAAAGCGAUGGGUGGUGUCAGCAAAUUGGAGAAAGUAUUGGGCAUUUGGCAUGCGGGGAAGUUGUUCUAUACUUUGUCCACCUGGGGACUUGCUCUAACCGGAUUGUAUAGGAGCCGUGCGGUAUUAAAAUUUGCUGCAAUGGGGCUGCACACAACUAGCAAAGCAAUUAUGAGAGCAAUGUGAGGCUCCCUGCCCUACUGCCGCUAAAAACGAAGAUUGGAACUGUACAAUAACGUCACUGCAGGUUUAUAAGAAUCCCAUUUGAUGUAAAUAAUUGUAAAUAGUGCUUGUUCUUGUUUCUGCUAUGGUUUCAUUGACUGAUUUCUUGUACUGAACCAUUGAUUGAUUCCGCGUGUUUCCGCAUCCAGUGCAGAUGACAUGCAACUUUAAUGAACUAUUUUAGUUACUGAA